AUGUGUUCUUAUAAAGUCAUAAUAAAUUAAAAAAUGAUGCGGGGCCCUAAAUAUUAACAGCAAAACAUUCAGGAACUUUGCAGAUCGAAAUUUGAUGACGACGACGAUCCAGAAAUAGAUCAGAAUGUUAGGGUGGAUAGAUUUGGAAACCCAAUCAAUAAAAAAUUAAAGUUUCGCAUAUGUUUUAGAGAUGAAAUACUUCCUUCUCAAUAAGUGUUUGACAUUCGCGUAGUUGAAAAUUGGAAACUCUACAAUCUGAUGGAGGAAAAAGAGGAAGCUGAUGCUUGCUGUAAACAAUUUUGUUAGAUUAUAUGA